AUGCUGCCAUACGACCCGAAAUGUAGGGUACCCACCAAACAAGAACGCGUUUUGUUGACACCUCUGAUGAUACCAACACCUCACGAUAUCGACGUGGAAGAUUCUACAUUCUUCAAAAAGUUCACCCAGUUGCCUUCACCGGAUGAAGUUCGCUCGCAAGCCAAAGCCCAGGAUCUCUCAGGAAUCUGUCUAGACGAUAGAAAAACCGUUUCGAUGGUCGGCCCUAAUGUGCGACCACCACCUGUGAUAUUAGAGGACCUAGGGCUACUUAUCAAAUGGAGAAGGAAGGGUUACGAGAAUUUCAGAAGGGCAGUGCCUCUAUACUCUCGGUCAGCGCCUUAA